AAGCACCAACAGCCGCAAUGUGAAAGCCGCAAACGAAAAACUAUCAUUCUGAUACCGUGGUCGCCCACUUUCACACACUGCUGUUCCCAGCCCAUGCCCUCCGGCACCCGCUUCAUGACCAAUCAGAGAGAUACAGGAAGCCCAGUCCACUAACACUCCCAUACUGCUCGCACAGACGACCCAGACUGAGAAAUCAUCUUCAGACAUAUGAAAGAAGCAAAGGCAGGAAAAAAAAAACAACUGGUUUCAAAGCCACCGAGCUGAAAAAUCCAACAAGACAACUCCAGAGAUCUCCUUCAAGCCAUUUCCUCCAUGGAAAACCUGGUCAAGUCCUUAUGCUCUCCGUCAAGACGGCGGACACCAGACAGCGGCGAAGGGGGUGCGCGGCGGGGAGCGGGCGGUCCACCGUGCGCCGCGGAGAAGAAUGCCGGGACCUGCCGAGGAUCCUCCGCCACCAUUACCAAGUGUUCCCGGACCGCUUCACCGUGGAGACACCGACCAUCCGAGGCAUCAGCUGGACUCCGCUGCCAGAGGCUCUGAAUUCAAAGGACACAAUGAAACAGUUUCUUUCAGAUCGGGUUGUGAAGGCGGCAAGAUCGGUGUACAGCGUCAUGAUAGAGAGGAACCCCGGUCUGAUCCGUGACAGAAAGUAUCACCUGAAAACAUACAGGCAAUGCUGCUCCGGUAAAGAUCUGGUCGACUGGCUCAUGAAACAGAAUGAAUGCCUCCAAUCCAGAAGCCAGGCCGUUGGGAUGUGGCAGGUCUUGGUGGACGAAGGGAUCCUCGUUCACGUGAAACACGAGUUGAACUUCCUCGACAAGGACGCCCAGUUCUACCGCUUCCAGGACUUCCAGUUAGGCUCCAGCAGCAUCGCCAACGAGAAGGACUCAGAGGACGAACUGCAGGAGGCUCUGUCUCUGCUGUCUCAGCUGGGUCCAGAUGCUCUCCUCACAAUGAUUCUACGCAAAUGUCCCAGUCAGAGAAGUGCUGAGGACCUCGAGGUCAUCUAUGAGGAGUUGCUCCACGUGAAGGCCGCUGCUCAUCUCUCCACAUCAGUGCGGAAGGAGCUGGCUGCCGUCCUGGUCUUUGAAUCUCACCCUAAGGCCGGAACAGUGUUGUUCAGUCAGGGGGAUAAAGGCACCUCCUGGUACAUCAUCUGGAAAGGUUCGGUGAAUGUAAUCACACACGGGAAGGGCCUGGUUACCACUCUGCACGAGGGGGAGGAUUUCGGGCAGCUUGCUCUGCUUAACGAUGCUCCUCGCGCCGCCACCAUCAUCCUGAGAGAGGACAACUGCCAUUUCCUCCGUGUCGACAAACAGGAUUUCAUUCGGAUCCUCAAGGAUGUGGAGGCUAAUACCGUGCGACUGGAGGAGCAUGGGAAGUCUGUUCUGGUGUUGGAAAAGAGUGCCGACUCUGCGGAGCAGGGAGGAGCAGGAACCAACAGCAAGUACACAGUUAUGUCUGGAACGCCUGAAAAAAUCCUGGAACACCUCCUGGACACCCUAAAGCUGGACUCUAAUGGAAGCGAUCCCAUAGAUCCUUCUUUGAGUGACUUUCUCCUCACCCACAAAGUAUUCAUGCCGUCCAGUCAGCUGUGUCCUGCUCUGCAGAACUACUACCAGGCUGAGCUCUCUGAAGGGUCAGAGCAGGAGAAGGCCGCCUAUAUCCUGAAUGCCAAACAGAAGGUGGUGAAGCUGAUUGGCCAGUGGGUGGCACUGUUCGGCCUUCUGCUGAAAGAAGACUCUGUUGCUCUGGAAUUUUUGGAGAGCAUGAAAAAGGACGUGGCAGCUGAUUACCGUUUGUCCAGCAUUCUGAAAGAACAGUUUAGGGAGAGGAGGAGAGUAAAAGUACUGGAGAACGGAUAUCAGUCACUGAGCAGGAGCCAGCAAUUUGACUGGUUUUCACACUGUGAGGAGCCAUUGGGAAGGUUACAGCCAAUCAGAGCUCAAGACAAAGUGUUGUACGAGAUCUACCGAGGAGACAAGCCCCUCACCCUGAUGCUGCCUGUCGACACGUCUGUACAGGAUGCGAUGGCGGCCAUAGUCAAACCCGGCGGAGACCACGUACUGGUCAAAAUGAACUCCACAGGAGAUAGAGCACAGUUGAAACUAGAUGCAACCGCUUUCUACACUGCCCUGGGUCUCAACGAGAGGCUGUUCAUUUGCACAAGCAGCGAAGUGGAACAACUGAGGCCUCUGAAGGAGCAGCAGGGCCCAGAGCAAGGAACGACCGACGUCCUCGAGCAGAUGAGCUCCAAAGACAUCGCCACUGAGCUCACCAACUAUGACUGGGAGCUGUUCACCGCCAUGCAUGAGGUGGAACUCGUGUACUACAUAUUUGGGCGUCACAAGUUCCCGGGGGGCGUGACGGCUAACCUGGAGCGGUUUGUCCGGCGCUUCAACGAGGUUCAGUACUGGGUGGUGACGGAGCUGUGCCUCUGUGAGGAUCUGGUCAAACGGGCCAUUUUGCUCAAGAAGUUCAUCAAGAUUGCUUCAGUAUUAAAGGAGCAGAAGAAUCUGAAUUCGUUCUUCGCUGUGAUGUUUGGGCUAAGCAACAGUGCAGUGCACAGGCUGUACAAAACCUGGGAGAGAAUACCAAACAAGACAAAACGGAUCUACUGUGCAUAUGAAAGACUGAUGGACCCCACAAGGAACCACAGGGCCUACAGACUGGCUGUUGCUAAACUCAGCCCUCCCUACAUCCCCUUUAUGCCUCUGCUGCUGAAAGACAUGACAUUCAUCCACGAGGGAAACCCAAACUACACAGACAAGUUGGUCAAUUUUGAGAAGAUGCGAAUGCUUGCCAAGACAGUGAAAAUUGUUCGAGGAUGCAGGAGUCAACCGUAUGUGCCUUCAUCUCCACAGAGGGGCUUGGCUGAUCGGAUGUUUCUGGAAGGGCCUGCUUCUCGUCUAUCCACAUAUUCUGACCAUGCCCUUCCUCUACGGAGUCCCAGCAACAUCCGGCACUACAUUCAGAACCUGAAAGUGAUUGACAACCAGCGGAAGCUAACGCAGCUAUCGAGAACAAUAGAGUGUUAGAACAUUCGCCAGCAAAAUAUUUAAACACUGGAAAACUGAUCAAAUCGGAGGCAGAGAACCAACUGCAGCUGGAUGAAGAAAAACCUUCCCGCUCAACUGAAUAAAACGAGCCUCUGGUGACAAUAAGUGCCAUGGAAAUUCACUGUAAUUCAAGGAGUUCGGACGGCCUGUGAAGCUCUCUGCACUGCACAGAGAAAUGUGUGGCGUGCACAGUCAUGACCUCCGACCCUGAAUCUGUGUGCACAGGACUCUUGGGACAGUUUUUUUUAAUCCAACAAGCCUUACAUCACCCCAAAAAAGGCAAUGUAACACCAUGUACUAAAGUGUUAAUUUCUUUGGUGUCAAAAAUACAUUUUAUGUGACAUAUUGUAUACUGCUCUGUUUUGGAGCCAGCACAUUACAAAUCUGUGCCACAAAUAACCACUUAAUUUAGCUGUAUAUGCACUUUUGCUCUCCCUUUAAAUGUAACAAGUUGUCUCAUACCUUUUGGCAACAAAGUCUCUAACUGACAUGCACAUAAUUUCAUACUGUGUUGUUUUUUUCUAAAUAAAUUAUUUUCCCAGUUAUGUGUAUUCAAUGACAGCACAAUAAUGUGUAAAAAGGGAAAUAUUUUUAUUAAAGGUACAAACUGUAACAGGUCAGAUUUGGCAUUCCACCUGGGAGAAAAAAAAAACAAAAACAAAAAA